UAGGGGGAGCUUUCCACUGACGAUAACAGUGCGCUGCAGAGCGAUUGGGAUUACACAGGAAACUACAACUGGCAGCGUACGUACAGUUACUGUUGUGAUACAAAUAUAAGUGACAUCUGUCGCUGAAUUACCAGAGAUAGCUGGACAACCAGGAAUACUGAUGUUUGGCGAUUUCCGUUCAUGAUUAUCGGCUGCGAAGAAUAAGAAUUUCCAACUGCCAUGAGCAGGGACCUCAAAAGGAAAUUUGAGGACAGUGAUGAGGAACCUUGCUACUCCUCUUCCUCCUCACCUCUCUCAUCCUCGUCCUCUCCCAUCGUCUCCAAAUGGGCCUCGGAGGAGGAGAACUACCCGAGUCGAUCUCUGCCCCCGCUCCCUUUUUACCCACUCCCUCACCCAAACCUCUCCUUUUCCUCCAUUCUCAAGAGGACCAAGAGGGCCAGGAUGAAGGGCAAAGUCCGCUUCGACUCAGUUACGGUCUUCCUCUUCCAGCGGUGCCAAGGUUUCACCAGUGUGCCCAGCCACGGGGGCUGCAGUCUGGGCAUGGUGAGGCAACACGCCUCCUGCCACCGCUACAGCCUGGCAGAGCACCAGGCAGAGCAGAGGCUCCAGCGCAGGGAGAAGCUCAGAGCCAGGCUGAGGGAGGAGAGACUAGAGGCUCUCAAACAGAGGCUACUAAGCAGUGGCACUCUAACAACACAAGAAGCAGAGAUACUGAUAGUACAGGAUGUUCCAGAGGAGGAGCUGGCCCUUAAAAGUGUGGCUGAGGAGGAGGAGGAAGAAGAAGAGGAAGGGUAUUUAUUGCACUCGUACUCCUCUAAGCAGAGGCGGAGGCUUCUGCAGCGUGCGGGCGUGGUCCGCAUUGAGCGGGAGGAGAAGCGGCAGCUGCAGGAGCUGCGCCGCUGGCGAGAGGACUGCGGCUGCCACUGCCAAGGCUUCUGUGAGCCGCUUACCUGCGCCUGUAGCCUGGCGGGCGUCAAGUGUCAGAUGGACCGCUCCAACUUCCCAUGUGGCUGCACCGAGGACAGCUGUGGGAACCCCGCUGGCCGCGUCGAGUUCAACGCUGGCCGGGUACAGACACACUACAUCCACACGCUCAUGAAGCUGGAGCUGGAGAGACGGCUGCUGGAGGAUAAGCCCCAGAGGAAGCGUGAGACGAGUGAGGAAGAGGAUGGGCGAGAGGAAGACCCAGGGGCUCAGGACUGGCACAGAAGCCCUUUUGAUGACACCCUGUUGUCAUUAGAAAGCUGCACAACCCCUCACUCUGCAUCGCCUUUUCCUGCACCUGGUUUCCUUUUUGGCACUGAGCUGACCGUCGAGGGAGAGGACAGCUGCAGUAGCGACAUGACGGACUCCUCCUGCUCCUCCGUCCAGAGCAAGGACACUGACACCAACCCAGGCCCUCAGUCCUGCCCGCCUCUGCUGGGCACAGAAGACAGAGGCAUGGCUCACGGCCUCAGCUUUGGAGAGUCAGAUGGCGAUUUCCCCUUCAGCAGCGAUGGAAGUGACUGCAGUCUGCCUCCUCAGAAACACAUGAAAGGGACCAUGUCAGUGUGCCUGGAUGAAAACACCAGUCAAACUGAUGCCACGUUUCCAUGUGAUGUGUUACCUGAUACCCCUGACACUCCGUCAGCGUCUAUUGAUGACACAUCUCACAGCUACAUGGACCUUAGUCUGUCCUCUGACUCCGACCUUGGCUUCUUUGACAGCCUGUAUGACUGCCACCCUAGUCCAGUCAACAGCCAUCUUAAGGAGUACACCUAUGUCAAUGACAACUUGUUUUGCUUGGCCAGUGGCGCUGGCUUUCCCCAAGGGGAAGAUCUAGGCACUCAACUUCUAGAGUCACUAAUAGGAGUUGCGUAGCCAUGGUGGACUGCUGUAGUUUGUUACAACCAACUACUGACUAUCCAUUAAGAGCAGUCAAUGCUUAUGGCAGAGUGUGUAUUAUCCCUUAAUGUAUGUGCAUAAUCAACAUUAAGGAAGACUUUACAUCAAGUGGCUCAAAUGUAUUUAAAAGGAUAUUCCUUCACUUUUCAAAAUUGAGGAUGUUUUAAUCCUGCCUUGUUAUAACAUUAGCAUUAAUUUAUACUGCUUACUUUUCACAUCCAGACCGUUUUAGUGUCUCAUUCAUUCCAGUGCUACCUUUCAAAUACGCUUGUGCCAGGAGGACAGUAUCGCACUGGAAUAACAGGUAUAAAAUGUAGUUGGGUUUUGGUUUUGGGUCUGCACUGACCGAAACUCACGGACUUUUGCCAUUUCACACCUUCUUGUUGUGUAAAUGACUAACAUGACAAUCAAUCUUUUCAGUGCUCAAGCACACACCUCUGAUGCAUCAGUUAUACCCCCCCCCCCCCCCACACACACACAGUUUUUGUUGAUAGUAAUGGCAAAUAGGCAUUUUCAAUUUUGUAGAUGUUUUGGGAGCCCACUGAACAUGUUACGUGGUAUGAGUCUGUUACUAUUACAGAAAGAGCAGCUCAAGUAGUCUACCUUUACUUUGUCCUUCAUUGGAAAGUCUAUUUUAUGUUAAAGGCAUGGUAUAUAUCCGAAGCCUACACGAUGAUGAUACAAAAUAUGACCUAUUCAUGGACAUAUUUUUCUUUGUGUGGCAAAUAGCAAAAGUAUAGUCAU